AUGGUGUGCUCAAUUGGUAACGGGAGAAUGGCAGUUAUGGCUAGGACUCUCCAAGGCCAAAGUAUCUCGCAGAAUGUUGCAGGGGAUGUUGAGAACCAGAUGAUUUUUGCUAGAUACAUUCGCAAAGAAAUCUUCGAGGCGGAUGAACCAAAUUUACUGGACGAAGAAGAUAUGCAUAUAUUUGGUCUGAAGCCUAUGGAUGAUCCUUUACGCCUGGUAUAUUGCAAGGUUUGUAAGAAGCCGGUCAAAGCAAGUCACUAUGCCACUCAUGCAGAUAUUUGUGUGAUUUUGAGCAGUACGAGGAAUGAAAAAGUUGAGCUAAAAUGUAAAACUGAAGGCAGGAAACCUCAGAAAAAACAGAAGGGAAAUGGUCCCUCAGUUGGUGCUAAAGGUAGUAGCCGAGACUUGAUGGAUGCAGAUGGUAUAAUCCCUUCGGAAACUUGCGAAAAACAUGGUUCUUCUUCCAACAUUCCAAAGGGCACAGUUACAACUACUUAUAAAGCUGGUAAUCUUCCAAGGUAUACACUUCCACAUAGUGAAAAGCAAAAUCAUAACGUUGUUGUUGAUCAGACAUACUACAAAAAUCCUCAUGGAAAUGAUAUGCAGUACCAAGCUCAAGCUGAUGUUCCUGCUCCUCUGGCUACCAAAAUUUAUUACUCCCAAAGAAGCAAUCGCCUUAGAUCAGAAAUUGGUUACAUGUUCCAUGCCACAGAUUCUCAAGAAAUCGAUGACAAUCCGACUGUGGAAGCAACACAAGUAGACAUCACACAAUCAAAAAUCUCAUUGAAUAGGAGUACUCCAUCUGGACAGAAGUCAUGUACAGGCUUGAGGACAGUAACAGAUCCGCAAAGCGCACAGACUCCAAAACCCUUAUAUGAGAAAUCAGGAACUGUGCAAGAAAACCAACAACAGACGGAUGGGGCUGGUUCGAGAUAUUCCAAUUCAAGAUAUUCCAAAUUUUAG